UAGUGGCAAAUGCUCAAACUGUGCGAGCCUCAUUAAAAAACGAAAAAAAAAUAUGUUUACAAAAUAUUGUUCUGGGUGAAGUAGACACAAAUGAAAUAACGUAAAGUAUUCGUGGACUACAAAUAUAAUUCAGUCAUUAAAUAAAACAUGGAUUUAAUACUAAGCGAAUUAAGCAACCUCUUCUUACAACAUUUAGAUGAAGGUUGGGUGCAAGCGGUUUAUUCUUCAGAGUUUUUAGACUUUGGAGAAUUACCUCCGGAAUAUGAAAUUACCCUAGACAACAACAGCCUAUCCGUAAUUCUAACAAACAUAAUGAAAAGUUGUGAUGCUUGGUUAAAUUUAGAAUUUUUAUCACAUGAAGAGAAAUCUUGGGCAGCUCUGUCUCAUCAGGUACCUUAUAAAAAGCUGUUGGCCCUCAUAGGAUACUAUAUUGAUUUAGGUAUAAAAAAUGUUGCAAAUAAAGAGAAGCGAAACAAUGCCUUAAUGGCAUCUUUACUUUACUACAAAUUAUUAUCAAUACCUGGAUACAAAGCCUAUCACAUAUACCAUUCACAAAUUUUUGUGUUGUCAUUAGCAUGUCUUGGAUUCCCAAAAGCUAUGUGUGACAACGAAUAUAAUUUUUUAAAUGCGAAAGAGUUGACAAGAGAAGUUAACUCGGUAAUUGAUGGCUUAAAACAAUUUGUCAUGGUUCUGAAAAUUGUGAUAGAGCAAUUACAACUAAAUCCAAGUGAUAUGAACUUUGAAGAUAUUCUCAGCAACAUGAUUGACAUUAUUGGAUGUGCUAUAGUAAAUAAAUUAAAUGUGGACAAAAUUGAACUUGGUAAAGUUUCCAGUGUUAUUUAUGAAAUGAUAGAUAUUCUGCUAUGUGAUGUCAAUAGAGAACCAAACCCAGCAGCCAUCCGGUUGCUGUUCAAAUGUUUACUUCCAAAAUUUAUUUCUGCCUCUACAGAUUAUCGUAGUGUAAAUAACAUAGUCAGAGCAUCUUAUGUAACAUAUUCAGGGUUAUUAUUAAGUAAAUAUGGAAAAGCAGCUCUACCUGGAUACAGUGUACUUUUACAACAUCUCUGCUAUACAUUAGAUGGCUUGGAGCGUGCAGAAGUGCGAAACUCCCGCGUUUCACUUAUAGUAGGGUUGAUGAGUCUUCUUCCAAAAAAAUCUCACAGAAAAACAGUAAAAUGGGUCCUUAAACUCUCUACAACCUCCAAAGUGGCACAUAGACAAAUUGCCAUGGAAAUUUUGUCAAAUUUGUUAAGCAGUGAUCUUGAAGAAUCUAAACCAGAAAAUGAAGACUCUUCAAAAAACAACCAGCCCAAUGGUCAAGGUAACGAGAAUGCGCACGAUAACAUAGAAAAUGUAGCAGAUAAUGAUGAAAAUCAAGUAAUUCAUGAGAAUGGAGCUCGUCCAGAAGAUACUGUUACUACUGAAGAUGAGAGUAGCCAAGACACAUUCAUGGAGAUUCCAGAUCAAGAAGUGAUAGAAGAAGACAUGGCAGGUCUACUCCGGCAGCGUUCGCACACCGUGCGUCACUCCGAACUCCUGCGAGCGAUAUACGAACGUUUGAAUGACGUGUCGAGCACGCUGCGCGCCCGAGCUUUUAGUAUAAUUACUGAGUGCGUUACCCACGAAAGACAACAUGUGAGAGACGCCGUCAAGGAGGUGCAGGGCGCGCGCGGCGAGGCGUGCCGGCUGGUGGCGGCGGCGGCGCGCGGCGUGUGCGACGAGCGGGCCGCCGUGCGCCGCGCCGCGCUGUCGCUGCUGCAGCGCGUGCUGGCCGCGCACCACACCGCGCCCGUCGACGCAGAUCUCGCGCUUUUGGUAGGGCUGUGCCGCGACGCUAGCAUCAUCGUGAGGUCGGCGGCCAUCGCGGCUCUCGGUGAGAUGGUCACACAAAUACCCACCGAGGCGGUAUUCGACGCCUUCCUCGCGGGACCCAUGCACCAGUUGUCAGAUCCUGAAAAUAAGGUGCAAGAGCAGGUCGUGACACAGAUACAGCAACUGCUUACAGAUCGCAUUGACACGUUCGUGUCGAAUCAAUUCAGUUCGGUGCCUUGGAUGUUCUUAGACGGGAUAACGCGACACAAUAUGAGGAGGCAUUUGCAGAAAGCCUGCACUUUACUCUCGAAAACAUCUAACUGUAUAAACCACCGCCUCGUGGACGUGGUGAGCACGCACCUGGGCGCGGCGGACGACCGGCGCGACCUGCAGUGCCUGGUGCUGCUGACCGGCGUGGCGCGGCUCGUGGACUACUCGGACAUCGGGUUCGUGCUCGACUAUUACUACAAACUUGCUGACGACACUGAGGAGCGCGACGUGCGGCUGAUGCCUCUCACAGUGGAGCUACUGUCGGUGUGGAGUCGGUUCGCGACCAACGAACAGCGGCACGCCCUGCGCGAGCACCUCGUGAGGCGGCUCGCCACGUCUGAAGACGAAACGUCCAGGAUCCCCAUCGCCACGUUAGCGGCGCAACUCGAUCCUGAAAACCUUCAGUGGGCUACGGAAAUGAUGCAGCUUUCGGAGCAGCGCGCGGCGAGCGGCGCCGACGUGCGGGAGUGGUUGCGCGCGGCGGACCUGGCGCUCGUGUCGCCCGCGCCGCCCGCCCCCUCGCUCAUGCAGCUCUUCCUCGACGCACUCGCCAAUCCCCCACCGGAGUGGGACGGUGCAGAGAUGGGUGCGUGCGUGGCGGGCGCGGGGCGGCUGUGCGUGCGCGCGCGUGGUGCCGCGUGCCGAGCCGCGCCGCGCUUCGCCGCGCUGCUGCGGGACUGCGCCGCACCCACCGCCGCCCGGCUCAACGCGCUGCUCGUGCUCACAGACAUCUGUACCAGAUACACGAGUAUAGUGGAGCCGCUGCUGGAGUGCGUGUGCGGCUGCCUGUCGCGCGAGUCGCCGCCGGAGCUGCGCCGCGCCGCCGCACGCGCGCUCACGCGGCUGCUACUUGCGGGAUUCCUACGACUGCGGACGCCCCUUUAUUACAAGUACUGUGCACUCCUGGCCGAUGAAGAUAAUGACGUGAGAGAGCCCGCCGAGUACUACAUGACCUGCUGCCUCACCACGGAAACGAUAUUUCAUCACUUCGUCGACUGCGUGCUGUAUUACAACAAUGAGACGGGUAAUCAUACGAAAUGUCAAAGGAACAAACAAAGCAAUUUGUGGUCGAAUCCACUAUCGGUUGGGUAUAGGUUGAAAUCUAUACUUUUGGUAGGGCUGUGCCGCGACGCCAGCAUCAUCGUGAGGUCGGCGGCCAUCGCGGCUCUCGGUGAGAUGGUCACACAAAUACCCACCGAGGCGGUGUUCGACGCCUUCCUCGCGGGACCCAUGCACCAGUUGUCAGAUCCUGAAAAUAAGGUGCAAGAGCAGGUCGUGACACAGAUACAGCAACUGCUUACAGAUCGCGUUGACACGUUCGUGUCGAAUCAAUUCAGUCCGGUGCCUUGGAUGUUCUUAGACGGGAUAACGCGACACAAUAUGAGGAGGCAUUUGCAGAAAGCCUGCACUUUACUCUCGAAAACAUCUAACUGUAUAAACCACCGCCUCGUGGACGUGGUGAGCACGCACCUGGGCGCGGCGGACGACCGGCGCGACCUGCAGUGCCUGGUGCUGCUGACCGGCGUGGCGCGGCUCGUGGACUACUCGGACAUCGGGUUCGUGCUCGACUAUUACUACAAACUUGCUGACGACACUGAGGAGCGCGACGUGCGGCUGAUGCCUCUCACAGUGGAGCUACUGUCGGUGUGGAGUCGGUUCGCGAGCAACGAACAGCGGCACGCCCUGCGCGAGCACCUCGUGAGGCGGCUCGCCACGUCUGAAGACGAAACGUCCAGGAUCCCCAUCGCCACGUUGGCGGCGCAACUCGAUCCUGAAAACCUUCAGUGGGCUACGGAAAUGAUGCAACUUUCGGAGCAGCGCGCGGCGAGCGGCGCCGACGUGCGGGAGUGGUUGCGCGCGGCGGACCUGGCGCUCGUGUCGCCCGCGCCGCCCGCCCCCUCGCUCAUGCAGCUCUUCCUCGACGCACUCGCCAAUCCUCCGCCGGAGUGGGACGGUGCAGAGAUGGGUGCGUGCGUGGCGGGCGCGGGGCGGCUGUGCGUGCGCGCGCGUGGUGCCGCGUGCCGUGCCGCGCCGCGCUUCGCCGCGCUGCUGCGGGACUGCGCCGCGCCCACCGCCGCCCGGCUCAACGCGCUGCUCGUGCUCACCGACAUCUGUACCAGAUACACGAGUAUAGUGGAGCCGCUGCUGGAGUGCGUGUGCGGCUGCCUGUCGCGCGAGUCGCCGCCGGAGCUGCGCCGCGCCGCCGCACGCGCGCUCACGCGGCUGCUACUUGCGGGAUUCCUGCGACUGCGGACGCCCCUUUAUUACAAGUACUGUGCACUCCUGGCCGAUGAAGAUAAUGACGUGAGAGAGCCCGCCGAGUACUACAUGACCUGCUGCCUCACCACGGAAACGAUAUUUCAUCACUUCGUCGACUGCGUGCUGUAUUACAACAAUGAGACGGAGAAGAUGUCGUUCGACGCCCGCCAGCUGAUCUACGACGUGAUGCUGCAGCGCAUGUCGCUGGUGCAGCGGCUGAACGCGCAGUGCCGGCUGGCGCGCGAGGUGCUGCAGCACGCGGCCGACCUCACGGACGAGGGCGCGGGCGAGCUGCCCCCCGCGCUGCACGCCGCGCUGCUCGACACCAUCACCGUGCUCUGCGGCCCGCGCAUGAAGCUACCCAGGAAACCAAUGGCCAAUGGCGAACCUGCGGACAUUGACGAUCUCCAGGAGCGGGUCACGACUAAUAUUGUUUCACAUAAAAUGAAACGCACCGUGGCGGAGGUGGUGGUGCCGGCGGUACUGCGUCUGUACUCGCGUCUGCAGCUGCGCGGUGGGCAACUGGCCGCCUAUCUCGUCAAAUUAGCUACGGAUCUACUCAAUGAUUACAGGCAUGAGAUCGAAGAACUAAUUGAGAAUGAUGAAGAGUUGGUCGAACGAAUAAAUCAGUUUCAAGAGACAAUAGGUAUAGAGUCGUCGUUCGGCAAUACACGGAACCUAGUGACGACAUCUGCUCCUCCCGAUCCGGAAACCCCCAGGGCUCCACGACGAAAGGCGCCCAGACAGUACAAAGGACCACCUAAGAAACGUGCAUUGAAAAUAUGAACAAUUUAUUGUUACAUAAAAUUUUGUAGUUGUUAAACCAUAUAUACAAUAAAAUAAAUAAGUUGUCAAAAAGUG